UCGAUCGCGUUCCUUGUGACUUGCAGCUGGCCCGCAUACCGUGAAUUCUCGGGAAAUGCCACUCUUCGGGCCUCGAACGGUCUCGAUUUGUUGGAGAUCGAGAUGCAUUGGUCUCGGGGGUUUGCUGAGGGCGGUGCCACAGUGAAUACUGGUUUUCUUCGAUGGACUUCCUCUGAUGCAGUCCAGGGUUCUUGGUCUUACGCCACUUGGUUGGAGUGAGAUUAUGGAAGACUGAAGGCAACAGGUGCAUGUACUAUCACCAUCUGCUAGAGUUCAGUCUUUUCUCGUCUACAGGGAUCUGUUAAGCUAUAAAUGGCAGUUACCGGUUCUGAGAAUCCAUUAUUAGGUGAAAUAACAUGUGGGUCUCUACUGCAACAGUUGCAGAUAAUAUGGGAUGAAAUCGGUGAGAGCGAUGAAGAACGAGACAAGAUGCUGCUUCAGCUGGAACAGGAAUGUUUGGAUGUUUACAAGAGAAAAGUCGACCAGGCUUCUAAGUCAAGGGCACUCCUACUCCAAUCUUUGGCUGAUUCGAGAGCCGAACUUGCCAGACUUCUUUUUGCACUCGGAGAGAAGUCUUUAGUUGACAUACAAGAUCGGUCCUCUGGUACAAUCAAGGAGCAACUAGUAGCUAUAGCACCAGUUGUGGAACAAUUAUGCAAGCAGAAAGAGGAGAGGAUAAAAGAAUUUGAUAAUACAUUAUUACAGAUUCAGAAAAUACGUGGGGAAAUAUCUGGUACUUUAAAACUUGGUGAGCAAAUAGAGACACCAGUUGUUGAUGAGGAAGACUUGUCACUGAAGAAGCUGGAUGAGUACAAGUUACAACUUCAGGAACUUCAGAGAGAAAAGAGUGAUAGACUGCAAAAGGUUCUUGACUUUGUCAGCACAGUGCAUGAUCUCUGUGCAGUCAUGGGCCUGGAUUUCUUCAGUACCAUAACUGAAGUUCAUCCUAGCUUAAAUGACUCUGUUGGAGUGCAAUCGAAGAGCAUUAGUGAUGGUACUUUAUCCAAGCUCUCGGGAAUGGUCAUUGGACUUAAAGAGGAUAAAAAGAUGCGACUACAAAAGCUUCAAGAGCUUGCUGCUCAGCUACAUGAUCUUUGGAAUCUGAUGGAUACACCAAUGGAGGAACGGAACUUGUUCAGCCAUGUUACGUGUAACACUAAUUGUACAGUGGAUGAGGUUACUGUUCCUGGAGCUCUGACCCUUGAUCUAAUUGAACAGGCUGAAGUUGAAGUCGAAAGAUUAGACCAGCUAAAGGCAAGCAAGAUGAAGGAAAUAGCUUUCAAGAAACAAAUUGAACUUGAAGAUAUUUAUUCCCGUGCUCACAUUGAGAUAGAUUCUGCAGCUGCCAGAGAAAAAAUAUUGGCUCUAAUUGAUUCCGGAAAUUUUGAACCUUUGGAGUUACUAGCAGACAUGGAUAAUCAAAUAUUAAAAGCCAAAGAGGAGGCCUUAAGCAGGAAAGAUAUAUUAGAAAGGGUUGAAAAAUGGAUGUCAGCAUGUGAAGAAGAAAGCUGGCUUGAAGACUACAACCGGGAUCAGAACAGAUAUAAUUCAAGCCGUGGUGCACACCUUAACCUCAAGCGUGCAGAAAAAGCUCGCAUAUUGGUUAAUAAAAUUCCAGCUCUUGUUGACACACUAGUUGCAAAGACCAAGGCGUGGGAGCAGGAUCACGACAUGUCCUUUAUGUAUGAUGGUGUUUCCCUCCUUGCAAUGCUCGAUGAGUAUAACAUGCUAAGACAGGACAGGGAGGAGGAAAAACGAAAACAGAGGGAUCAGAAGCGUUUCCACGAGCAACUUGCCACAGAACAAGAAGCCAUGUUUGGUUCAAGGCCAAGCCCUGUCCGUCCACUUGGUGCCAAGAAGGUGAUCAGUCCACGUUCUAAUGGAAGUGCACCAAAUGGAACCGCUACACGAAGAUUAUCUCUCAACUCCCAUCAGGGUGGCAGCAGUGGUUCUCCAUCUUUAAGCAGGGAUGGGAAGAGAGACAACAGUAACAGGCCAGCUGCUCCGGUGAACUAUGUUGCCAUUGCAAAAGAAGAUGCAGCCUCCCCUAUCCAAGUUAACGCUUCACCAUGAGGAUUGUUGACUGUGAGUUCUCUGUAUUUGAAAUAUGCAGUGGAGAUCGGCUGAAGGUGGGGUUAGAUUCUAAUUAUACUUGAUAAGUAUUCCCUAUUAUCGAGAAUUUAUCUGUGGAGUGGCUAUGGCAUCAGAUCCUUUGACUACUAUCAUAAGUGUAAGAUUGGUCUCUAUUUUCGAACAAGCUAUUAGAUUAGUAGAAAGUCAGGUAUUUUCUAUUUGGCUUGAUCCUUGUUCCUGAAGUUCCAUCUUUGGUCUAUUUGGCUUGCCCAGUAAUGCGAGUUCUUAUGUGGCUUUGUCUCUUCUUUGGACCUCAUUCAAAGAAUCUUUGUUAUCAUGGUAGUGUGAUGUAUGAACUGCAGCUUUAUAGAUCAAUAUAAGCAGCACAUGUUUAUUUGGAA